UCAAAACCAACGCCUCAUUUUUCUCUCUCUCCUGUCUCACUACGCCGACUCCCUCGAUCCAAACACGGCAUUGAAAUCUAGUAUUGACUUUUAUGAGCUCACCCAGUCCGAAUAUUCAUUAAUCACACCCCUCAAAAGAAAAAAUAAUUAUUAUUAAACCAAACAAUAUUGAAAAUACUUUCACUAACAACAAAAAUAUGAAUAGAAAAUAAUAAUCCAAUAGAAGAACAACAAAUCGUAUCAAAACAAAAAAAUAAAAAUAAAAAACAAAAUUUUAAUUAUUCUUGCUCAUAUUGUUUUUCUCCCUCUUUUUCUCUCUCUUUCUCUUCCUCCCUCAUUUUCUCUCUCCUCUCUGUUACCCCGAUCCAUCCUCCAUGGGAGAGUAGAGCAAAAAAGCUUACUUUUCCAUCCUUCAAUGCCGGAUUUCAACAAUUGAUUGGAAAAAUCAAAAUCAAAAUCAAAAUCAAGAAAACCCCCAAAAAAAUCUGUCAUUAUCUUAAGAAGAAGAAGAGUCAAUCGAAGAAAAAAAAACGUGGGUGAAAUGAAAUGAGAAGCAACCCAGAAGAAGAUUAAACGGGUAGUUAAAUCAAUUAGUUAGGCAUAGUUGUUGAUUAUUGAUUUGAUCGGAUGGUGGAGAGGUUAUGUGGGACAUGGGUGGAGGAUUAUUGUUAUCAUGAUUAUGAUUAUUAUUUUGGGUUGAAUGAAGAAGAAGAACAACAACAACAACAAGAAGAAGAGGAAAAGAGAGAGAAUAAGAAGGAGAAGAAGGAGAGAGAUAAUAUAAAUAGAAAUAGAAAUUGCAAGUAUAAUUACAAUUGUUGUUGGGUUGGGAGGAAGGGACGAGAAUGCAGCUGCACUUGUCACCGAGCAUGAGAAGCAUAACGAUAUCAAGUAGCAGUAUAAGCAAUGGUGGGUUCGUAGAUUUGAUGAAGAUCAAAGUUGCAGCUCGUCAUAUCUCUUAUCGUACCCUUUUCCACACCAUCCUUAUUCUCGCCUUUUUGUUGCCCUUUGUCUUCAUCCUUACUGCUCUUGUUACCCUUGAAGGUGUCAACAAGUGUUCCUCACUUGAUUGUUUAGGUAGGCGUUUUGGACCCAGGCUCCUUGGUAGAGAUGAUUCAGGGAGGCUGGUUAGAGAUUUCUAUAAAAUUCUUAACCAGGUCAAUAGUGAAGAGUUACCAUCUGGUCUAAAGCUUCCAGAUUCAUACAAUCAACUCGUAACUGAUAUGAAGAACAACCAAUACGAUGCAAAAACCUUUGGUUUCAUCUUAAGAGGAACUAUGGAGAAACUUGAAAGAGAAAUUCGAGAAGCAAAGUUUGCAGAGCUGAUGAACAAACACUUUGCUGCUAGUUCAAUCCCCAAAGGCAUCCAUUGUCUGUCUCUGCGUUUGACAGAUGAGUACUCGUCUAAUGCUCAUGCUCGCAAACAAUUGCCUCCUCCUGAGUUGCUCCCGCUGCUUUCUGAUAACUCCAUGUACCACUAUGUUUUGUCGACGGAUAACAUAUUGGCUGCAUCAGUUGUGGUUACCUCUGCUGUGCAAUCGUCCUUAAAACCUGAGAAGAUAGUCUUUCAUAUUAUUACUGACAAGAAAACUUAUGCUGGGAUGCAUUCUUGGUUCGCUCUAAAUUCUGUCUCACCUGCUAUUGUUGAGGUGAAAGGUGUCCAUCAAUUUGAUUGGCUUACAAGAGAGAACAUUCCGGUUUUGGAAGCUAUAGAAAGCCAUAAUGGAAUACGGAGUUACUACCAUGGAAACCAUGUGGCAGGAGCCAACCUCAGUGAGACUACUCCACGAACUUUUGCUUCAAAAUUACAGGCAAGAAGUCCAAAAUACAUUUCAUUGCUCAACCAUAUCCGGAUUUAUCUACCUGAGCUAUUCCCAAACCUCGAUAAGAUUGUAUUCUUGGACGAUGACGUGGUAAUUCAGCGUGACCUGGCCCCUCUUUGGGAUAUCGACCUUGAAGGGAAGGUAAAUGGAGCGGUGGAGACUUGUAGAGGUGAGGAUGAAUGGGUGAUGUCUAAGACAUUCAGAAAUUAUUUCAAUUUCUCCCACCCUCUCAUAGCACAGAAUUUGAAUCCCGAUGAAUGUGCAUGGGCUUAUGGGAUGAACAUAUUUGAUCUGCGUGCAUGGAGAAAGGCAAGCAUAAGGGAUACUUAUCAUUCCUGGCUUAAGGAGAAUUUGAAUGCAAAUCUUACCAUGUGGAAGCUUGGAACUCUACCUCCGGCUUUAAUUGCAUUUAAGGGCCAUGUUCACCCGAUUGACCCGUCUUGGCAUAUGCUCGGUUUGGGCUACCAGAAUAAGACUAAUAUUGAAAGCUUGAAGAAAGCAGCAGUUAUUCAUUACAAUGGUCAGUCAAAACCAUGGCUUCCAAUUGGCUUCGAUCAUCUGCGGCCCUUUUGGACCAAGUAUGUCAAUUAUACUAAUGAUUUUGUUAGAAAUUGCCAUAUAUUGGAGUCAUAGUCAUCAGUCAGGUACGUGCAAUCUGAAGUAAAAGAAGCGGCAGGAUAAGGAAGGACAAAUGCUGCCUGCUUCUGGUGUGUUUUACUGAUGGCUAGCGAAGUUUGUUAAAACUAAAGGGAUGGGAGGGGGCGUCAAUGAAUUUGUCAGAUGGUUUGAGGUUUAUACUCGGCAAUGGCUUCUCGAAUUUAAGGGAGGUAGCUGAGUAGGGUGGAGACUAGCAUGGCACGACAUUCAUUUUUUCCAUCUGUAAUAUAACAACUCUUGUUAAUUCUUUUCGUUGAGAAAGGACAGUAAUGCUCGUUCUGUGGGCUUCUCACGUCUUAUGGGAUAUAGUUCAAUAAUUGAAGAUACAUACUACGACAGAAUAUUGCCCUUCCUAAAUUUGCAGCUCACUGCAUCAAGCAGAAGGCCAAGCCAGACAUCAUAUGAGCUCCCCGAUGGUUCUUCAUCCGCCAAGCGAAAGAUCGGGAUAUAGUUUAUUCUUUUUUCUUUUAAGAUCAUAUAUUUUUUUGGGUACUUGUUAUUUUGCACCAACUAGAAUUCAGUUUUAUUUUUGGCUAGGGUAAGAUUUGUCUUCUGCUACAGGUUCCUUGUAGUUGAGAAUUAAUCUUAGGUCAUAUCAUUAAUUUUUUGUUUGUGUACGAUUCUUGAGGGGUAUCUAAAUGUGCAGCAAUUCUUUCUCGAGUAUCAGACAACAAUGUUUAGUUAUAUUAGUAUAGUGAAGCAAUGUCUGUUUGGGUACUUGUUAUUUUCCAUCAACUAUUACUAGAUAUUGGAGGGAUAUCUAAAUGUGAAGUAUUUUUUUUGUUA